CAGCAGCAGCAGCAGCGCCGGCAGUAUCAGCAGCACACACACUCCUCUUGUACCGUCUCCAUCUGCAGACAUGGACCUGGAGCUGCUGGUGCACACGGUGCUCUUGCUUCGCGGGCUUGAGCUCUAGCGUGGUGCUAGAAAAGGAAAGGAGGCUGUCUUUGAUCCAGCCGCUCGCUGAGACAUCACUUUGUUGGACAGAGACUGAGAGAGAGAGAGAGAGAGAGAGAGAGAGAGAGAGAGAGGGGACCACACAGUCGUGACAGCAGAGGCCGUUUCAGGAUAUCGAGCUUUUUUCUUCUUCUUUUUUUUGACGUGUGUGUGUGUGUGUCCUCCAUCAUGGCGAGUGACUCCCCGGCUCGGAGUCUGGACGAAAUCGACUUGUCCGCUUUGAGGGACCCUGCCGGCAUCUUUGAAUUGGUUGAGCUGGUGGGAAAUGGCACCUAUGGGCAAGUGUACAAGGGUCGCCAUGUUAAAACCGGGCAGCUGGCAGCCAUCAAGGUCAUGGAUGUCACCGGGGAUGAGGAAGAGGAGAUCAAAGCAGAAAUCAACAUGCUGAAGAAGUACAGCCACCAUCGCAACAUCGCCACCUACUACGGAGCGUUCGUUAAGAAGAACCCUCCCGGCGUUGACGACCAGCUAUGGCUGGUGAUGGAGUUCUGUGGAGCCGGCUCGGUCACAGACCUGAUCAAGAACACCAAGGGAAACUCUCUGAAAGAGGACUGGACCGCUUACAUCUGCAGAGAGAUUCUCAGGGGUCUGACUCAUCUCCACCAGCACAAGGUCAUCCACAGAGACAUCAAGGGACAGAACGUCUUGCUGACAGAGAACGCUGAGGUCAAACUAGUUGACUUUGGUGUUUCGGCCCAGUUGGACAGAACAGUGAGCAGGAGGAACACGUUUAUCGGGACGCCAUAUUGGAUGGCACCUGAGGUCAUCGCCUGUGACGAGAACCCUGAAGCCACCUACGACUUCAAGAGUGAUUUAUGGUCACUGGGAAUCACUGCAAUAGAGAUGGCUGAAGGAGCACCACCUCUGUGUGACAUGCAUCCAAUGAGAGCCCUCUUCCUCAUCCCGCGUAACCCCGCCCCCAGACUCAAGUCCAAGAAAUGGUCAAAGAAGUUCCAGUCGUUCAUAGAGAACUGUCUGGUGAAGAGCCACGACAAGAGACCCAGCACUGACCAACUCCUUAAACACCCGUUCAUCAGGGACCUGCCCAACGAGAGGCAGAUCCGCAUCCAGCUGAAGGACCACAUCGACCGCACCAAGAAGAAGAGGGGAGAGAGGGAUGAGACAGAGUACGAGUACAGCGGCAGUGAAGAGGAGGAUGAAGAGAGAGACAUGGGUGAACCGAGCUCCAUCAUCAACAUCCCCGGAGAGUCGACCCUGAGGCGGGACUUCCAGCGCCUCCAGCUGGCCAACAAGGAGCGUUCAGAAGCACAGCGGCGCCAGCAGCUGCUGGAGCAGCAGCAGAACGACGAGCACAAGCGCUUACUGUUAGCUGAGAGACAAAAGCGUAUCGAGGAGCAGAAGGAGCAGAGGCGGCGGCUGGAGGAGCAGAAUCAGCGAGAGCGAGAGCUGAGGAAGCAGCACGAGAGGGAUCAGAGGAGGCGCUACGAGGAAAUGGAGCUCCGCAGAGAGGAGGAGAGGAGGCAUGCAGAGAGAGAACAGGAGUAUAUCCGUAGACAGCUGGAAGAGGAACAGAGGCAGUUAGAGAUUCUCCAGCAGCAACUACUACAGGAACAGGCAUUACUGCUGGAGUACAAGCGUAAGCAGGUAGAAGAGCAGCGGCAGGCGGAGCGCCUACAGAGGCAGCUCCAGCAGGAGAGGGCCUACCUGGUGUCUCUACAACAGCAGCAGCAGCAGGACGGAAGGCAAGCAGAGAAGAAACAGCUUUACCACUAUAAGGAUAUCAGCAAUCCUAAUGACAAGCCUGCCUGGGCUAAAGAGGUCCCGAAGCAGCAGCAUGUUCAGGGUAACCCACACCGCCCUAACCUACGACAUCACCAGUCAUUCAAUCAACCAUCUUCAUCUGCUGUCUCUCAAGGCCAACACCGAGCUCGAGCUCGAGCACCUAGGCGAACCCCGUCCCAUGCUGCCCAUCUCUUGUCCAACAACCUACCACAUAUCCGUAUUUCACAAGGCAUGGACGAAUCCUUAGAUCCAGGGCUGAAGCAGGAAAUAAGCCAGCAAGUCAGAGAAUUCAGGGCUCAGAGACACAGUCCAAGGCGCUGCAGUCCAGGGCCCAUCCAGGAACACAACCAGGCUGCCGGCCAAGGGCCUAGUAGGGGUCCUAGUAAGAGUCAAGGGCAGGUCAGCCAAUCUAAUCUAGUACCAAACCUUCAUUUUCUGGGGCCCUGUAAUCAGAAAGAGAAGCCACGAGACAGGCCUCUCUCUGCCCCAAGUCAUGCAGCCAUCCAUGGGUUGCCCCCGGACCGUCAGCCUAAAGCCCUUCAAGCUCAUCCUCAGUCCCCAGCACAGGUCCAUAGAUCUCUGUCUGAAUCUAACCCUAUCACCAUCCCUGUGGUCAAACUGGUGGAGGAGCGAUCUAAGCUGAACAGACAGAGCUCCCCAGCGCUGCAGCACAAAGUGUCCAACCGCAUCUCCGACCCCUCCCUCCCUCCCCGCUCCGAGUCCUUCAGCAGCGGGGGCAUGCAGCCCGCCUGCACCCCACCAAUCCACCGCUCCAUCGAACCACAGAUGGCUCACCUCGUCCCAGUGAAGACCCACUCAAGCUCCAUGUCCGGCUCUCAGUCUCUGCAGGACCAGACGGGCUCAGCUCUGAGUGAAAGCAUCAGCGUUGGCUCCCCUAGGCCUGACAUGCCCCGCCAGAACUCAGACCCCACUUCUGACACUCCCGGGCCCCAGCUGCGGGUCGCCGGACGGGAGGAACGGGAUCGGGACAGAGACAGGGAUCGGGAUCGGGACAGGACAGCCUGGCUGAGGGAGGAGGAUCUCCCGCCAAAGGUCCCACAGAGAACCACUUCCAUCUCCCCAGCCUUGGUCAGGAAGAACUCCCCUAAUGGAGGUGGGUCUGGGCCCCGCACUGGUUCCCAGCUCAUCCGGGCCAGUAACCCAGACCUGCGGCGCUCAGAGCUCUCACUGGACGCCAUGCUGCAAAGAACUUCCUCCAACUCAUCAUCCUCUUCUUCCCCUUCAUCUCAGGGAGGCUCAGCUGAGAGGAGAGGUCAAGCCAAGCAGGAAGGAUCCCCUCCAGGAGCCAAUCAGGAGGCAAAGCCCAGACAGGAGGAGGGCCGUGAAUCAGCCAGACCCAGCAGACCUGCUGACCUAAGUGCUUUGGCUAAGGAGCUCAGAGAAUUGAGGGUAGAGGAGGGCAGCAGACCACCAGUCAAGGUGACAGACUAUUCGUCCUCCAGUGAAGAUUCAGAGAGUAGCGAUGACGAUGGCGAGACGGUGGGACAUGAUGGUACUGUUGCCGUUAGCGACAUCCCCCGCAUCAUGCCAGCAAUGCAGAGCAGCAGCGAGUCUUACGGCGGGCUGACAGAGGACUCUCUGGGAGAUGCCUAUAAUGGCUCCAAGGACGGCACUUUAGUGGCAGAGGAGCGGAGGAGAGGUGGUCACACUGAGAGUAAUGGAUUUGGCAAUCACAGUAACCAUGGUAACCUCCCUGACCUCGUGCAGCAAAGCAAUUCUCCCUCUGCCACACCGACCUCCGCCCUGCAGCAACUUGGGGAAAUGCCUGAGUUUGGUGUGGGGGGAUCCAAAUCUUCCUUCACCCCAUUUGUUGACCCACGUGUCUAUCAAACGUCCCCGAGUGAAGACGAUGAAAACGAGAACUCAGCAGAAGACAUGUUUGCUAAUGAGCUGAUGAGGCAGGAGCAGGCCCGACUAAACGAAGCCAGAAAGAUCUCUGUGGUCAAUGUCAACCCCACCAACAUCAGACCUCACAGUGACACGCCAGAGAUCCGCAAAUACAAGAAACGCUUCAACUCUGAGAUCCUGUGCGCUGCUCUCUGGGGCGUGAAUCUGCUGGUUGGGACAGAGAAUGGUCUCAUGCUGUUGGACAGAAGUGGACAGGGAAAAGUCUAUAAUCUUAUCACCAGGCGACGCUUCCUGCAGAUGGACGUGCUGGAGGGGCUCAAUGUGCUAGUCACCAUAUCUGGGAAAAAGAAUAAGUUGCGUGUCUACUACUUGUCCUGGCUGAGGAACAGAAUAUUACACAACGACCCAGAAGUGGAGAAGAAGCAGGGUUGGAUCACGGUUGGGGAGCUGGAGGGCUGUGUGCAUUAUAAAGUUGUUAAAUACGAGAGGAUUAAGUUUCUGGUGAUCGCUCUGAAGAACUCUGUGGAAAUCUAUGCCUGGGCUCCCACCUACCACAAGUUCAUGGCCUUUAAGUCGUUCACUGAGUUGCAGCAUCGUCCCCAGCUGGUUGACCUGACGGUGGAGGAAGGGCAGAGGCUAAAAGUCAUCUACGGCUCCAGCGUGGGAUUCCAUGUCAUCGACGUGGACUCGGGGAACCCUUACGAUAUCUACAUCCCCUCACAUAUCCAGAGCCAGGUUACACCUCAUGCCAUCGUUGUGCUUCCCAAGACUGAUGGAAUGGAGAUGCUGCUGUGCUACGAGGAUGAGGGCGUCUACGUCAACACAUAUGGUCGGAUCACCAAGGACGUGGUGCUACAAUGGGGAGAGAUGCCUACCUCUGUUGCUUAUAUCCAUUCUAAUCAGAUAAUGGGCUGGGGUGAGAAAGCCAUAGAGAUCCGCUCUGUGGAGACGGGUCAUCUGGACGGAGUCUUUAUGCACAAGAGAGCUCAGAGGCUCAAAUUCCUUUGUGAGCGGAAUGACAAGGUUUUCUUCGCAUCGGUGCGUUCAGGAGGUAGCAGCCAAGUUUUCUUCAUGACCCUCAAUAGAAACUCUAUGAUGAACUGGUGAUGGGUCUCGUACCGCCGUCCACUCUGCCUCACUCUCCCAUUGGCCGGCCCAGCGACACACCUCGGCCCUGCGCCACAUCUCACGAAAAAGGAACCCGACCGACCGAGAGGCCACAAGUGAACUCUUUUAACACCGGAGAGACUUAAAACGUGUACAAAAAAAAAGAAGUUAUUAUAGAGAAAAAUAACAAAGACUUGUUCUAUAUAGAGAGACGUGUUACUCUAGAUUAUUCCGGGUCAUGCAGAAGCCAUCAACUGACUGGCAGACUGGUGCCACUGACUUUCCAAAUAUUCCUACUUUCUCUGUCUCAUUGUCUGGUGUGUUCAAGUCUUCCGCCUGACUCCUCCUGUCUCUGUUCUUUUUCUAACCCUCUCUUAAUCCUCUGCUCCCUCCUUCCAUCCUGGUAGAUCGAGUCAUCAAUUCUUCAAUCCUUUGACACCCAUGUGCUCCAAUUGUCUCACAUUCUGUCUGCUGUGUGUGGGAGAACUACAACUCAGAGGCCGGAGGAAAAAAGAUGAAUGAGAUUUAAUAUAAAUUUAAAUGUAUGCUUCCGAAUAUGACAGGGAGGACAAAUGUAUUCUGGAUGGCAGGCAGACUGAUUGAUUUUCUCCCUCCCUCCUCCUCCUCCUCCUCCUCUCACUGUCGUUCUGAGUAAACUGAAUUGUGAUUUCAUUCGAUGGCAUAUCGCUGAUAGAGAUGCGCCGAGGAAACUCUGCUGUCAUAGGCGGGUGUAACAGUAUGCAAAGCUUAUGUCUGUGUCCCUUUAAAAUCGAAUCACUACUCUGUCUUCUUUUUUAUUCCUCCUUCCUCCUAUCAUCAUCAUCAUCACUUGUCCCCCUGUUUUUAAACUCUGAAGGUGCUUCAUCAGAUUUACUGUAAUAUUAAAUGAACAAUGAGAGCGUCAUUCUGUUCAUUUCUCUUCUUUUUCUUUCUCUGCGUGGCUGCGUCAGUCAGCCCAUGAAGCUUGAUGAAAUGUACAGCACAUCCGUGUGUCUCUGAAAUCAAGAGUGUGUUUGUGAGUGUGUGCAUAAAUGUGAAUGUGUGUGUGUGUGUGUGUGUGUGUGUGUGUGUGUGUGUGUGUGUGUGUGUUUGACUUGGUGUUGACAUGAGUCCCAUUGAAAUCAAUUCUGAAUCAAAGUGGGAUUUUAAAAAAUCAAUGUCCGGAAAAAGAGUCAAGUAGUUCAGUCUCUGUGCGUGGACUUUUACUUUAAUGCGGUCAGAGCAACAUUGAGUGUGUUUACAAGCAGGUUUCUGAUAUUAUCUUCUUAGACUGGAGUUCACGAGAUGAUGAAAAAUAGGCAAUAUAAGAGGUUAAUUUACUGGAGUGUAUUACUUUUUUUUUUCUUUUAACACUGUAUUCACGUAUGCAGCCAUGUUGCUGUAGGGAUUAAAAUAUGCAUUGAAACAGCGUAUCCUGGACACAACCUCAGCAGGAUACAAGCUGCUGUGCUGAAUACUGUGUGCAUGUGGGAGCAUUCAUUGUUGAACGCUGUGCUGUCCUUUUUUUUUUUUUUUGAAUUGCGCUCCUUACCGUUUGGUUCUUCUGAGUUGUUUUUUGGCUCCCAACUGUUUGUACAGUGCCUAGCAUGAUGUAAGCAAAACUAAAACGGAGGCCAAAUGAUAAUCGCUCAUGUUCGGAUUAAUGAUUUGACUUGCCUAAAACGUUUCUUCUUCUGUUUCGUUAUCUCACUCUAAAACACGUCGCCGAUGUUGUUCGUCUCUUCCGGUGGAGAUGUGCAUUAACAAAAUCUGAACUUUUUUUUUUUUUUCUUGAAAGGAGUAACUGAUUAAACCUCACCAAUUUCUACUCAAAUAAGUAGUACAGCUCAAUCAUUAACACUGAAUUGAAGUAGUACUAGUUUGUGCAUAGUCAUCCAUGUUGGAGAGCACUGUAAUGCGGGUUAGUUUUUCUUCUGGUGAGUAGAUUGUAGAUUUGACCUAAGGUGAUACACACACACACAAAAAAAAUACACUUAUUUCCACAAUGAUAUCAUUUAAAUCCUUUUUUUUCUGUUAAAUUAUUAAAAGUUUUAUAUUGUCAAGGACUUGUUUUUACACACCCAUACAGUAGCUUCCUAUGCAGCUCAAAGUUAUGAUCUGCUACUACAGGAUGCAGGUGAUCAUUUUUAGCAAUAAAGAGCUGAGCUGAAGAAACCACUGUCUUCCCUUUGUGUCUUGUGCGUGCACGCAUGCAUCUGUGUGUAUCAGUAAAGAGCAAAUGUGUGAAUGGGGGCAUUAUGAAACAUGUUUGUCCGUCGUGGAUUAGGACUCCUCCCACGGGAAAAACGCUGACAGGUCAUUACACUGAGGACUCUCCUUGCAAAGAUGGGAAAAAAAAACAAAAAAAACACUGUAUUCUUUACUCUGUUUCUCAUUUUCUUUAUUUUAAAAAGAGCAUUACUAAUGUCCUGUUUGGGGAUUUUAUUUGUUUUGUAAAAGAGAUGAUGUACGAGAGAAAUAAAUGAAACUAGAACAUUA